AUGGCCAACCUAUUUCGACGGCUCUACGACUGGCUCCUCCGCUUGUUCUGGGCGACCGAGAUGGACAUCACCAUGAUCGGACUGCAGAACGCUGGCAAGACUUCGCUCUUGAGAGUUCUGGCGGGAGGAGAGUUCACUGUCGACUCUAUCCCCACCGUCGGCUUCAACAUGAAGCGCGUCCAGAAAGGUCAUGUAACCUUGAAGUGUUGGGAUCUCGGAGGCCAACCCAGGUUUCGUUCCAUGUGGGAGCGGUACUGCCGCGGUGUGAAUGCCAUUGUGUUCAUCGUCGACUCCGCUGACAAGGAAGCGCUACCGGUUGCGCGCGAAGAGCUGAACCUUCUCUUGGAGAAGCCUGCCCUGGAAGGCAUCCCUCUCCUUGUCUUGGGCAACAAAUCCGAUCUGCCCAACAAGCUCUCCGUGGACGAACUGAUCGAAUCGCUGAACCUCAAGGCCGUAUCGCACCGAGAAGUGAGCUGCUACGGCAUCAGCGCAAAGGAAGAGACCAAUCUCGAUGCCGUGCUCCAGUGGUUGAUCGCUCGAGCGAGCAAGUAG